AUGUUAGCCUCUGGGGUUUCUCAGCAGUUUCAACAUGGAGUUGAUGAGGAAAUGAUAAAUAUCAUUACCAGUAUCAUCAUAAUACUGACAGGUUAUCCUCCAGUAAAUGCAGAGCACGUGUACAACUUGCUGCAGUAUAUCUAUACUUUUCCUCACCCCUACCGCACAAUAAGAGAGCAUACAGGAGGUACUCUUCCAAUCCCUCUAACAGUCGCAGCAAGUCUUCCAGGUUGGGAAAACGUUGCUCCUCAGCAAAUGAAUUUUAUGCAUGCCGUUUUCAAUCACAUCCUUGAACAGGAUCAAAAGUUGGUCCGCGAUCUAUUCUAUAGACAACUCGGUCGUGCUCCCACAGUGCAAGAAUUCGCCCAGUUCCUUUUGAACUUCGAAGGUAAUGAGCUGGUUGAGUCCCCUCGCAAGACUCUAGGACAGACAUUUUUCGAAAAUCAGGUGCUAAGAGUCACUCUAGAACGUCAACGAAGGGAUUUGGGAUGGUUGAGAGAAAUAAACAGGUUCUUAGCCAACAUAAUACAACUUUUAGGAGAUUCAAACACUCGGACUAUGAGAAGAGUUAAUGAGCUUGAGACACGAUAUAGAGACGUACGGAAUAUUUCAGAUGAAGUUCAGCAACAGAAUGCUAUGCUGCAGCUUGAUCAUAAUUCAAUGCAGAGAGAACUUAUCAGAUGUCAUGUUGAGCUGGAGGAUGAAAGAAAGGAUAAGCAAAUGUACCAACUUAGAUGGGAAGAGUUAAAGACGGUCGAAGAACAGAUACAGGCGGAAAAACAACAGUUACUGACAGACAAGCAACAGUUACUGACAGACAAACAACAGUUACUGACAGACAAUCAACAGUUAAUGACAGACAAUCAACAGUUACUGACAGAAAAACAACGGUUACUGACAGACAAUCAUCAGUUACUGACUGACAAACAACAGUUACUGACAGACAGACACCAUUUACUGACAGACAAUCAACAGUUACUGACAGACAAUCAACAAAUACUGACGUACGAGCAGGCGGUUCAAACCACCGAUUUCUCAUUAUUUCUUCUUCUUCUUUUGCUGCUUCUUGCCUUUCUUUUUAUCCUUCUUUUUAAAUUUUGAAACAAGAUAUUGCGUGAACCGUUAUUCUGAGACACUUUUAAGACGAUCGUUGAAUUUAAGAUGACAAUUUAAAAGACGUUUUUCCAUAUGCCAAUAAGUUGCCUUCGCGGAACUACAGUGGAUAAUAUAUCUGAGAAGCUUUACAUAAUUUGAUUAAGCCAACAGAGUCCAAGUACCGGUGCUUGUUUAUACAUUGCUAUUUAUUUGUUAUCAAUAUUCGUUUGUUUUAGAAUAUCAUCAUUUUAACCCGAUGUUAUACAUAUGAAUAAUGAUAUGCUAUCCCUAAAAAUGGACCAUUCAAUUUGCAUGUAUAUAUUAAAAAUUAUUAUUUUUAAUUUUGAAGAAUAAGCCGACGUGUAGUAAUACUCAUGUUGUCUUAGAUUUUGCAUCUUUAUUCAUUGUUUAAAGUGCAUAAUCUGUUGUACUCGCAUAUAAUGCAUUGCCCUGUAUGUUUAUUGUUAUUUUUUUCCUGGUUUGGAAUAAUUGGGUAGAAUUGCAUAAUUUCAUUGUGACCAAUUAAGAGGGUUCGAUAGUAGUGACCAUUUUAGACUAUAUUGAUCUUCUUUAGAAGAAGAGAUGUAUAUAAAAAUAUAUAUAAAAAUACAUAAGAGAACCCAAAUUCAAAUGGUUAAAAUAUAUACAGGUUUCCUUUACUAAAAAAAUAUUUGUAGUGAAACAAAUCAUAUCUGAAAAUCUUAAGCAGAUCUGACGGUGAAUUUGUUGACCCUCCAGCCUCCUUAACACGGCGAUAUGAGAUGUACAUAACCUGUUCAUCGGAAUACUUUGACCUGGUAAAAGGUCUUCGACUUUCAGAGGGAGUGUAGGGAUAGCGACGCUGGUGGAGACAUGUGGUGAACAAUACUUUUACGAAUAGUUUUCAACUUGAAUGUUUUUAUACUUUUUUUUAAAUUCCCCGCAUCUACUGUUGUCGUCAUCUGUUCCUUUAUUUUCAUUUUGCAUAUUUGUUUAAACCAUGUUUAUGCUGGACAAAGGACGAUAGAAAUUCAAUAUUUGGCAUCAUAUUUUGAAAAAAAAAGUAAAAUCUAUUUUUAAGGUAAUAACUACUUGUUUCAUCAUCACUCCAUCUUUAUAAAAAUGCCUAAAUUAAGAUUUUGUAUCAUUUGGGCAUAAAAAUAUUUUUUGUUUAAAAUUUUUUGGAAAAAGACUUUAAUUUAUAUUCAUUAUAAAGCUAUCCAUCUUAUGAAUGAUCUUAUAUCAUAGAUUUUUGUACAUCUACCUUAAUCUAGAUCUGAAUGUUGAGCGAGAAUAAACUUUAAAUGCAUGAUGAGUGUUUAUAAAACGUUUCACUGAUAUUUAAAAACUCUAGAUUGAAACACGUAAAAAAUUGCUGAAGAUGUUUUUGCGUUAAAAAUCGUCAAAAUAUUUAUUUGGGUUUUUAUGUUUUCUAUGUAA